AUGUCUGCUUGGGAUCAGACUGUUGUUAUCGGCCAAAAAGUCCGCCCCGGAGGUGGCAACACGGGACCUCGUGGUCCUACUGCUAUUGAGCGUGCCAAGCAGGUCGGCGCCGUGAAGGAAAACGACCGGAAGACUGCUGCUGGCACGAACAAGGGUCACCAGGGCACCGACCACCAGCGCAUUGCGAAGCUCGACCGUGAGAACGAGGUUGCUCCUCCUCCCAAGGUCCCUCCGACGGUCGGCAAGGCUAUCGGCCAGGGCCGUCAGGCCAAGGGUCUUACUCAGAAGGAACUUGGUGUGAAGAUCAACGAGAAGCCCAACGUCAUCGCCGACUAUGAGAGCGGACGUGCUAUUCCCAACCCCCAGAUUCUCGGCAAGAUGGAGCGCGUGGUCGGCGUGAAGCUGCGUGGCAAGGACAUUGGCGCUCCUGUAUGUGUUCCAUGUGUAUAA